GCGGCGCACUGCCCCUUCCGGCCCGCGGGCUCCGCUCGGCACUUCCCGGCACGCACUCGGCCCUCGGCUCUUUCCGGAGCCGCUCGCGGCGGGCGGCGGGGGCGCUCUCCGCUCCGCUCCGCUCCGCUCCGCUGCAGAUGUCGGACCCGCGGGCGGCUGAGGGGCCGGGCUUCUGGAGCCCGGCGGCGGCUCGAGAGCCGGCGGGCGGCGUCGGGGACGGCCCGGGAGCGAAGGGGAGCCAGGCGGCCGUCUCAGAGAAGGAAGAUCUAGAAAACACCAAGGUCACGUCUCCAGUGGCUUCUGCCUCCGAUCCAGAGCCCCAUUCCUCACCCUCCAGGUCUAUCGUGCCCUUUUUAAAGAGUCCUGGAACUGACCUGCUGUCUUCCUCUGAGAGGCUGCAGAUGGUGUCUCCAGGGAAGGAGGAUGCCACAGAAGAUCCGCGGAAAGCAGCCAGUGCCUUGGAGGUCCAGGCCUUGGUGGGGCAGGAGUCUCGGGCUGCAGACCAGGCCCACGUCCUCGACAAGAUGGCCAAGUACCCAGCCCCGCAGAGGUCUGGGGACAUCGUUAUGAUCCAGUCCGAGCACACAGGAGCCGUAGAUAUUCUCUCCGCUGACUUGGAAUCUGCAGACCUUCUGGGGGACCACAGGAACGUCUCCCCAUCUCUGAUGGCUCCUCCGUGCGUCUGGACCUUUUCCAAGAUGAAGGAAUUCAAAAGCAAGCUGGGCAAAGAGAAGAACAGCUGUCUGGUGGUGAAGCGGGGUGAGGUGGUGACCAUCCGGGUGCCCACCCAUCCGGAGGGGAAGCGUGUCUGCUGGGAGUUUGCGACCGACGACUAUGACAUUGGCUUUGGAGUUUAUUUUGACUGGACCCCUGUGACCAGCACUGACAUAACUGUGCAGGUCAGUGAUUCCAGUGAGGAUGAGGAUGAAGAUGAGGAAGAGGAGGAAGGGAUUGAAGACCCUGUCCCAGUUGGAGACGUAGAGAGAGGCUCCAGGAGCUCCCUGCGGAGCCGCUACGGGGAGGUCAUGCCCGUGUACCGGCGGGACAGCCACCGGGACGUGCAGGCAGGCAGCCAUGACUACCCUGGCGAGGGCAUCUACCUGCUCAAGUUUGACAACUCCUACUCCCUGCUGCGCAACAAGACUCUCUACUUCCAUGUCUACUACACCAGCUGAAGACCCGUGGGCUCUGGGCAGGUGGUGUUUGCUGGCUGGAGCGGGCUGCCAGCUGGUGCUUCUUGUUUUGGGCAGACAAGAGCCCGAAGUUGAGCGUGAGGCUCCUGACCCUCAUGCCCUGCCUGGCAUGCCUGACGUUGACCCCACAUAGCUUCUGCCCCUUCCUGGCUUCUGCAGGUGGUGGUGUAGUGCCCCUCUUCUGUGGUCCAUGACUCAUGCUCUUCUUGCUUCAGACUCCAGCAGAAUCCCUCUAUGAAGGCGCCCAUCAGGCAACAGCCUAAAAGCAAGUUGAGCAUUGCCUUUUAAAAAGAGGCUUGUUUUGGUAUAAGGUGUAUUAUUCCAGUGUUGCUCUCUCCUCUCCCAGAGCCUUUAUUGCAGAUGUGUUCGGUGGUGCCCGCUCUCUGUUUAGAAGAACUGGAAGAGGGGAAAACACGCUGUCCAUGAAGGACGAGUUUCUUGCCUGGAGAAGGGUCUGCCCAGCCUCUCAACCACUGCCAUAUUCCCGCCUGCCGGUUCUUCGUGGUCUCUAGCACAGGCUGGGAGCCCUCACUGCCUUCGACGGGUGCGCCGGUCCUGAUGGUUCGCCUCUGCCUGUUCGCCUCCGCUUUUCCCUUUCCUAGGCCUGUGUCUUUGCCCUCACAGCAAGAACUUCCAUGCAAUCUAAAGUGAUGAUCAGUGUAACCAGGGUCUCUGGGAAGAAAGACCACCUCCUGUUUCCCAUCACUUCCUGUUUCAGGAGGCUAUGUCCCUUACCAAGGGCGCUGGUGGUUGAAGGGGAGAGGGUGGCAGUUAGGUACUGGAUUGAUACCAGAACUCACAUCUUUGAAAGUCAAAUUUUACUAAUUUUUUUUUUUGGUAUAAUCAAAGGAAGUUAAAAAAAAACCACAACACUCCA